UGCAUUUGGUCAGAUGAAGAAUGAUGCUAUGGACUAUUAUUUUCACCUAAAAGGCACAGAUGAAGAGGGCUAGCAUGUCUCUUCCUGUAUGGAGCUCAGUUCAGAUGUCCUGUUCAUUCUGGCUCCUCCUUCUGUGCUCCUCUAUCAGGUUUAAUCCUGCUGUGUCUGAAUUAGGCCUGGAGGAUGUGUUCUUUCACCCUCAGUCCAUGCGAACUGAAGAGGGCCGGGAUGUUUUCCUUCAGUGUGUCUCGGGUGAUAGUUCUCCUCCUGCUCAGAUUUCAUGGUUAAAAAAUGGCAGAGUUCUCACCAAAGGAAACCAGAUUCAGGGACAGUAUGGAGGAGGGAGUCAAAGGAAGACUUCUGGAACUUUGCACAUGGCUAACAUCACUAAAGCAGACCAAGGAAUCUACAUCUGUAUCACCCACAAUCCUCUGCUGAACAUAAGCAAAGAAAGUAAAGCAGCAACUCUGACAGUGCAUGGUUCCAAUGUAGACGUAAAGAUUAUUGAAGGCCCCCAAAAUCGUACUGUACCUGUUGAAAUGGAAGCUGCACUGCACUGCUUUGUUGAAGGUUUCCCCAUUCCCACAGUACAGUGGUUUAAGGAUGGACAUCUAUUACCCAACUCUUCUAGAUGGGAUCUGCAGAAGGACGGACAGCUGCUGAUUUUUCAGAGAGUAUUGUCAGGGGAUGAGGGCCUGUAUUUCUGUGAAGCUCACAAUGAGAGGCAGAAAGUGAUAUCCGAGCCAGCGUACCUCCUGCCUGCUGUUAUGGAUUGGAUCUUUGUUCUUGAACCUGCCAACCUAACAGUGAGGAAGGGUGAAUCUGCAACUCUUCCCUGUAGGCCUCCUCACAGUAGACCCCAAGCACAAGUGUCCUGGUUUAAGAACAACAGACUCCUCCAGACAGGACCAUAUUAUAUUUUUGAUCCUACCGGAGACCUGGUCUUCCACAGUGUACAAGAGACAGACAGUGGAUUGUAUUUCUGCAGAGCAUCUAAUUCCCAUCUGAAAAGGGCUCUCACAUCGAAAACAAUAUUCCUGGAUGUUCUUGAACCUCCAUCUGUGACUAUCUGGCCGAUGAUGGUAACGUCUCCUGUUGGAGCUGAAGUGGCGAUUCACUGCCAGGUGUUAGGACACCCUGCCCCUUUCAUCAAGUGGUCAAAGCAGGGCCGGUUUGUCCAAACUGGAGGCAAAAUUAUCAUGAGGUUAAGAAACACAACACUCUACAUUUCAUCAGUGAGAAUGUAUGAUGAAGGACAUUACACAUGCGCAGCCUCCAACACACUGGGCCACGAUCAGAAAACCAUGACUCUUCGGGUUGCUGUGAAACCUGUCAUUGUUUCCUUCGUUACAUCACUCACUGUCUCAGAGGGAUCACCUGUAAGUCUCCCUUGUCGAGCUGUUGGAGAUUUUCCUGUCAAAUACACUUGGAUUAGAACUGGGUCGAUACAAAAUUCACCAGACCAGUCUGGUUCAAACUCUCCGGUCUCUCUCCCACAACAGAUACACAUUGAUGAUAAUGGGACAUUAGUCAUCCCCAACAUCCACCGGUCUGAUGCAGGUGAAUAUCACUGCAGUGCAGAAAAUAGAGUCGGUCAGGAUGAGAGAAGUCUUAUCAUAACUGUAACUGGUGAGCAAAAUGCAUGAGAACUAAGAUUGCUUUAGUUCUCAUAGUUGCAGUAAAUGUAAAUCAGUUUCAUGUUUGCAAAUCUUGGUUUUAUCUAAUCAGCCAAAUGCUCUAACUUAAAGCUGACUCAGAAGAUGUUCCAACUGAUAAGGACACACUGAGUAAAAAGAUUUUGCCGACUGUGAGUAAUGCUAUUUGCAUAGAUCUUGUGCUGGUCCCAUCUGUGACAUUAACCUCAUAACACGUGACUGACACUGUGAUUGUUUUGUGAGUACUUUGCCAUUUUCAUUAACAUUCUCCACCAUUUUGACCAUUUUUAAUGGUUUAGGCCAGUUGAAUAAUAUUCUGCAACACCUGCAUCUGGUAACAAUCAUGGAUCUUAGAUUGUGUGUGUUUUUCCAACCUUGCAGGUUCCAGAGAUUGAACAAGAGCUAUUUACUAAUUCCCUUCUUUACGGUUCAAAGCUUCUGAGUAAUACAGAGAUAAAUGAAUCAUUUCAGCAAACAACUGAAGAUUACACAAAGAUAUCUUUUUUAAAUGCUUUUGUGGAGGACUCACCAACAUACUUGAAUCUUGAAUCUACCCAAGACACUAUAGAGUUAAUUUCACUUAAGCCAAGUUACAUUAGCAAAGGAAGUAAUGAAAAAAUCAAACAUCUCAUUCAAACACAAAAACCAACCCCUGUGCCUCUCAAACCUACACCAUUUCCCCCACUCAAAGAGACUUUUAUACAGGAUUUGCAUGGACAUAUGCAAUCAACAGAGCAGGCCACAAAACCUCCAGUAAUGAAUCCAAACACAAACAGCCCUUCUACAGCAGACUCAAACUCCUAUAAAAUUCUGAGCUUUUCCCUGAAAAGUGCCCAGUCCUUUAGCGCACAAACUCAGACUACAGGCUUAACUAUAAUGGAUGUAGAGAAUAUCACUGCCACAGCUCCUGUGGAAAAGCAUCAAAACCAGAGUCAAAUCAUCAAGCAGUCUGGAGGUACUAAGUCAUCAGUGACGAAUGACACAGACCUUGUUGAGUCACUCAAGAAAAACACCUCGCAGGCCCCUAUGA